UCUGUUUUCUUAUCAAGUUCUUGUUCAUGUUCUGUGUAGUAAUUUGUUGCUACUUCUAUUUUGUUUCAUUGAGAAUAAGUCUCGUUGGUUUCAAACAUGAAGUAGAAAAGUGGAUAGAGGUUGUCUCUUGGGUUGAAGCCAAAGAAGGAAGUUUAGAUAUAUUUAUACAAACGCUAAAAUCAAAGAAAGAAGUUAGGAUUAUAUCAGUUACAAAAAAAAGAGUUAGGAUUAUAUAUCGAGACUCUUUUCUUGUAUGUAUCUGUUUAAUCUUCUCUUUUGUCUCCGUUUUCUAUCAGUAUAUGUGUCUAUAUAUAUAGAUCUGAAAGAGCUUGUCUGUUUCUUAUCUUUUAUUGCUUCUUAUAUAUUUUCUUCUAAUUUUUUUCUCUUAAGGUAUUGUUAUGAUGAGCAAAGACAUGUUACUUCAUCAACAAGUACAACAACAACAAGAGGAAAAUAUGUCGAAUCUAACAUCUUCUGGGGAUCAAGCAAGUGUCUCUUCAGGAAACAGAACUGAAGCAAGUGGUUCUAAUUUCUUCCAUCAACAAGAACAACAACAGUUCUUUAAUGGUUACAAAGAAAAAAAAUACACAAGUUUUUCUUGGUUUUGGACUGAUUCACUAUUCCAAUUAUUUGAUACAGUUAUCUUCUUGGAAAAUUAUUACCCCGAGUCGGAAGUGAUUGCUUUGUCACCAAAAACACUAAUGGCAACAAACAGAUUCGUCUGUGAGAUCUGCAACAAAGGAUUCCAAAGAGACCAGAAUCUACAGCUUCACAGGAGAGGUCACAAUCUACCAUGGAAGCUGAAACAACGAUCCAACAAAGAAGUAACAAGGAAGAAAGUGUAUGUUUGUCCAGAAGCAAGCUGUGUCCACCAUGAUCCAUCUCGAGCUCUCGGUGACUUAACCGGAAUCAAGAAGCAUUUCUGCAGAAAGCACGGAGAGAAGAAGUGGAAAUGUGACAAAUGUUCAAAGAAAUAUGCUGUUCAAUCAGAUUGCAAGGCUCAUUCUAAGACUUGUGGCACCAAAGAAUACAGAUGUGACUGUGGCACUCUCUUUUCUAGGAGGGAUAGUUACAUAACUCAUAGAGCAUUUUGUGUAGCACUGGCAGAAGAGACAGCAAGAGAAGUAGUAAUACCCCAAAACCAGAAUCAUCAACCAAACCCUCUUAUGAUUCACCAGUCUUCUUCUCAUCACCAUCAUCAAGCACAACCAAACAUGAACAUCUCUUCCCACAACAUCAAUAGUCUUCAUUUCGAAAUCAACAAUACUGGUACUAAUAAUAAUAACAGUAGCAGCAACCAUCUCCAUGCAUUUUCCAUGAAGAAAGAGCAACAACAAACCAGUGAUCAAAUCAUCAAUUACCACCACCAUGGCGUCCCUCCUUGGCUUGCUCCUCAGCCGCAACAUCUCACAUCUUCAAACCCUAACCCUAGUAAUGGUGGUGGAGGAGGAGGAGGAGGUUUGUUCUCUCUUGCAGCUUCUCCUGCUAUGUCAGCCACAGCAUUACUCCAGAAAGCAGCACAAACGGGUUCCACAAAAACAACUCCUUUGCCACCAACCACCGACUUCGAGAGGUCUCAUAACACCCUCGCCACGACGAUGGCGGCGAUGAUGACCUCACCAUCGGGAUUCAUCAGCUCAAACAACAGCAAUCAAGUCUUGUUUCAAGACUACAACGCCUCCGGGUUUAACCAUCAUCACGGUGGACAAGAAGCCUUCGACGACACAUUCAACGGGUUCUUGAGGACUGAUACAUCAACCGCAGGGUCAGACAAGAAUAAAAGCGGUGGAGGGAGUGGAGGAGGAGAGGGUUUGACGAGAGAUUUCUUGGGGAUAAGACCGUUAAUGUCUCAAAACGAGAUUCUAAGUUUUGCCGGUCUCGGGAAUUGCAUCAAUGACGUUGCUUCUGAUCAGCUUCAUCCAAAGCCUUGGCAGGGUUAGUUAGUUAGUUUAUUUGCUUAUAUAAGGAGUCUAUCUAAGAAUUUAAUAUGUGUAUAUUCAUAUCUAGUUUUCUCCUUUCUAUAACUCUUCAUCUUUUUUUUUUGCUGGUUUUAUAAAUUUUAUAUGCUGAAUGUUCUCAGUCGAAAGGAGAAACAAAAUUAAAUGGUGCACGUUUAUACAUAAAUAUUUGAUUAAAAUUGUCACGUA